UGAGAUUGAGGCUUCAUCCAUCCAUCCUCCUUUUUCCUGAGAAAGCAUUCUCAGCGUUGAAUGAAAGAGAUUUCCUUCGUCUGCGUGUUCGCUUACUAGAAUAUUAUUCAAUCGAAGCAGCACACGCAAUAAUUGUCUGACAUACCUGGCAGCUCCAUGGCUAGGAACCGCAAAGACAAGGAUAGCUGGGCUGGGGCCUUUGACAAGAGUGCAUAUGACUGGAGUUCAGAGGAAGAAGAAUGUGAUGGCAGGGCCCAACCAGUCCAGGUACUGAUUGUUAAAGAUGACCACUCCUUUGAGCUGGACGAAGAAGCAUUAAGCCGUAUCCUACUAUCUGAGGAAACAAGGGAACGAGAGGUGGUGGCCAUUUCUGUGGCUGGAGCCUUCAGGAAGGGAAAGUCCUUCCUUUUGGACUUCAUGCUACGCUAUAUGUACAAUCAGGACUUUGAUGACUGGCUGGGAGAUCCCGAGGAGCCUUUGACUGGUUUUUCAUGGAGAGGUGGUUCUGAGAGGGAAACUACGGGUAUCCAAAUCUGGAGUGAAGUCUUUCUGGUGGAUAAGGCAGAUGGUCAAAAGGUGGCAGUGCUACUGAUGGAUACUCAGGGUACAUUUGACAGCCAGUCAACUCUUAGGGAUUCAGCCACCGUAUUUGCCCUCAGCACCAUGAUCAGCUCCAUGCAGGUUUACAACAUCUCUCAGAAUGUACAGGAAGAUGAUCUCCAGCAUUUACAGCUCUUCACUGAAUAUGGCAGGCUUGCCAUGGAAGAGACUUUCCUAAAACCUUUUCAGUCUCUGAUCUUCCUGGUACGAGAUUGGAGCUUUCCUUAUGAAUUUCCUUAUGGACAUGAAGGAGGUAUGAAGUUUCUGGAAAAGAGACUGAAGAUUUCAGAGAACCAGCAUGAGGAAUUACAAAAUGUCCGUAAACACAUCCACUCCUGCUUUACCAACAUCUCCUGCUUCCUCAUGCCGCACCCUGGCCUCAAGGUAGCCACGAACCCACAUUUUGAUGGAAGACUCAAAGAGAUUGACAAGGAGUUCAUCAACAACCUGAAGAUUCUGGUCCCAUGGCUUCUUAGUCCACAGAACUUGGAUGUGAAGGAGAUCAAUGGAAACAACAUAACAUGUCGUGGGCUUUUAGAAUACUUCAAGGCAUAUAUAAAGAUUUAUCAAGGAGAAGAACUGCCUCAUCCAAAAUCAAUGUUACAGGCUACAGCAGAAGCUAAUAACCUGGCAGCAGUUGCAGCAGCUAAGGACUUGUACAAUAGAAAGAUGGAGGGGAUAUGCGGAGGUGACCGACCCUUCCUAGCCCCUAAUGAACUACAGGCUCGCCAUGGAGAGAUCCGGGAGGAGGCACUACAGCUCUUUAAAGGAGUGAAGAAGAUGGGUGGGGAAGAGUUCAGUCGCCGUUACUUGCAGCAGCUGGAGGCAGAGGUGGACGAGGUCUUCAUUCAGUAUAUCAAGCACAACGAUUCCAAGAACAUCUUUCACGCUGCUCGAACCCCUGCCACUCUCUUUGUUGUCAUCUUUGUCAUGUAUGUGAUAGCCGGGGUGACUGGCUUUGUUGGUGUGGAUAUCAUUGCCAGUGUCUGUAACAUGAUUCUAGGCUUGGCACUGAUCACACUCUGCACCUGGGCCUACAUCCGGUACUCUGGGGAAUACCGUGAGCUUGGUGCUGUUAUUGACCAGGUAGCAGGAGCCCUCUGGGACCAGGGAAGCACAAAUGAGGUAAGAAGGGAUGGGGUGGCUUUUAUAUGUAUAAUGAUCUGUUCAUCUGAUGAGGACCAGUUCUGUAGGCCUUUCCUUUCCCACAGGCUCUUUACAAGCUUUACAGUGCUGCUGCUAAUCACAGACAUCUGUACCACCAUGCCUUCCCCAGACCCCAGGCUGACACUACCGAAGAACAAAAAAGGAAGCAGAACUGAAUGAUUUCCUGGAGUGAAAUAUUUUUUGCAUUUGGAUCACAAAGCAGCAUGCUGGAAAGAGCAGGGGUGGAUCAUUUACAUCUACAAUACAGGAUUAUUCUUUGAUGGGAAAACAUACGUUAUGAUGGGAUGUGAUUAAUAUGCACACAUUACAAAACAGCUGACAAUUAAAAAAUCAGAAAUCCUGACACUAGCCAUCCAUCAGAGUGUGAUCUUCAAAUAAUAAUUAAAAAAAAAUAAUCAUGAUUUAUUUAGUGUAAAAAUUAUGCAUUUCAUUUUAGAUUUUCUUUCACCAUUCAGAAAGCAAAGGCUGAAUCUAGGAAAUGCAGUAUACUUGAUUUUAGGCAAGAUUCCGUGUUGGUAUGUAGUGUAUAGUGAUUUACACAAUAAAGGGGUCUAUUCUCUCAUCAGGAGCGCAAGUCAAAAAAACACUUAAAAAGUUACACGCUUUAGAUUUAUGCAUAUUCUCCCUUCAUCGGCAUGGUUGUGCCAACUGCACAUAAGCCAAAACAGAAGGUGCGACCAUGCAAGUCUAGAAAAGGGGGUUAUACCCACAAAGAUUAUGGCAACAAGCAAAACACGGACUCUAAUUUACAUUGCGAAUGCAAUUGAAAUCUGCAGAAACUUAUUUAUUCUGAAAAUGCAAGCAUCGUGGUAGCAAUACUAUGCCUGUAUUUGGUCACUCUCACAAACACGAGAAUCACCAAAAAAUGAAAUGCUACAGUGACAAAUCAUGUCUCAAAUUGGAUUAAAUUGAACGUUUCAUGAUCCUCCCAGAAACAUGCAACACAUUGAAUGACGGUUAGUUGAAGUACAUCAAAAUGACUUUGGAAUUUUCUUGGUUAUCUGUCUGUACCCUUCUCCAACCGUCCCAUUCUUGCAGGAGUGCAAGUACAUUCGGUGUGACCUUGGAUUGAGGUCUUCAACCACUUCUGUGGAACCUGUUUUUUUGCUCAUUUUAAUCAAACAAUAAUUAUUAAUCCACAUCUUUCACCCUAUUUGAUUCGCCUACUAGACGUGUUGGCAAGACAGACAGCCUUAUAGUAAUAUAUUUUCUUUUUACCAUUGUGUUAUAUGAUUCUUAAUUUAAUUAUAUACAUGCAUUAUGGAUUGUAACAUUUAUUUCUAAUUGUAUGUAAAAAGUUUCUUUUUGAUACAUGUUCAGCUUUCUGAACACUGCAAUAUUGCAUUUGGCCAAGUGGAGGCACAUGAUUAAAUGCAGACCUCCAGAGUGAUUUAUAUGUGACACCCAUAUUUUGGUGUUUCUCUGCCCAAAAUGCAUAUCUAGCCUAAGUGCACUUAAACCUCACACUUAAAUGGAUGGGAGAACACGCUUAAUUGAAAAAAGAGUGGAGCUACGUGUUUUUUUGACUUAUGUGCAUGGGAGAAUCAAGCCCUAAGCAAAGAUUUUAAGAUAUCAUUCUGAAAAUGUGUAAAUGUGAGCCUAUAACAAUAGCUUUUGCUUAUGCUGAAUGUAAUGUUUAAUGUAAUUAAAUGAGAAAAAAAAUGUGAGAAUUUAUAUAAAACUGCUUAAUAUUGCAUCCAAUAUGAAAUAUAUUGAAUACACACGUAUUGGACAUGUAUUUGUCCAGACAUUUUCUUUGAACCCUGAAAACUGGAUCUGAGUGAAAAAACCCAACAAUUUCAAAGUGCAAUUUCAUUUUAACAUGACAAAUGGACACGCAAUACAUCUUUGGUGAAUAAUGUCUUUUCAAGUGGACUAACCCUGUUAUCUAUAAAAGUGAGUGACUCAGUAUUACAUUUAAACUGAUAAAACCAGGAUUGGAUUUCUUCAGUCACCUACACUAAACAUUAAGUUAAAACUGUUUUGUUCUUUAAUAAAAGCUAGAGGAGAAUGCAUGUUUUGGGAGAUUCCUUUACUAGGAAGGUCCAGUACAAUUCCUUUUACAUACCAGGUGUUCAUGUGAAGGCACUUUCUCCCUCAACCACUGCAUGCUGAACACUGUGUCCUUAAGUAGCUUCCAGUUGUAACCUGAUGGCUCAUGCUUUAAGAAUGCUUGUAUGUUAUAAAAAUGUGAAGUUUG